GGCGGGGGCGCGGCCCUGCCUCGGCCCCUGCCCGCCCCGUCCCGGUCCGCCUGCCUUGCCCGAGCCGCGCGCCCAGAGCAGCGCCCAGAGCAGCAACCCGCGCGCUCCGCUCCUCCGCCGCCCCGGCCAGGGCCGCCAUGUCUUUAGGGAAGAGAGUCAUCUACAAGAGUGUGUGCCUGUCCCUGGCCUUGCUCGUGGCCGUGGCCGUGUUCCAGCGUGGUCUGACCCCCGGCCAGUUUCUGCAGGAGCCCCCGCCACCCACCUUAGGGCCGCCAGAGGCCCGGAAGCCAAACGCACACCUGGCGAACCCCAAUGACUUCUGGAAGAGAUCAAAGGAUUCGGUCACCCCCGUGCCCAUGGCCUCAGGGGCGCCGCAGGCCUGGGACGUGACCACGGCGAACUGCUCGGCCAACGUCAACCUGACCCACCAGCCCUGGUUCCAGGGCCUGGAGCCUCACUUCCAGCAGUUCCUGCUCUACCGCCAUUGCCGCUACUUCCCCAUGCUGCUGAACCACCCGGAGAAGUGCCACGGCGACGUCUACCUGCUGGUGGUCAUCAAGUCGGUCAUCACGCAGCACGACCGCCGGGAGGCCAUCCGCCAGACCUGGGGCCUGGAGCAGCAGUCUGUGGGCGGCAGCCGCGGCGCCAGGCGCACCCUCUUCCUGCUGGGCACGGCCUCCAAGCAGGAGGAGCGCGCCCACUACCAGCAGCUGCUGGCCUACGAGGACCGUCUCUACGGCGACAUCCUGCAGUGGGACUUUCUGGACAGCUUCUUCAACCUGACCCUCAAGGAGAUCCACUUCCUCAAGUGGCUGGACAUCUACUGCCCCCAUGUCCGCUUCGUCUUCAAGGGUGACGACGACGUCUUCGUCAACCCCACCAACCUGCUGGAGUUCCUGGCCGACCGGCGGCCUCAGGAAGACCUGUUCGUGGGCGACGUGCUCCAGCACGCCCGGCCCAUCCGCAAGAAGGACAACAAGUACUACAUCCCCGGGGCCCUGUACAGCAAGGCCAGCUACCCGCCCUACGCCGGCGGGGGCGGCUUCCUGAUGGCCGGCGGCCUGGCCCGGCGCCUGCACCGCGCCUGCGACACCGUGGAGCUCUACCCCAUCGACGACGUCUUCCUGGGCAUGUGCCUGGAGGUGCUGGGCGUGCACCCCAUGGCCCACGAGGGCUUCAAGACGUUCGGCAUCUCCCGGAACCGCAACAGCCGCAUGAACAAGGAGCCGUGCUUCUUCCGCUCCAUGCUGGUCGUGCACAAGCUGCUGCCCGCCGAGCUGCUGGCCAUGUGGGGGCUGGUGCACGGCAACCUCACCUGCUCCCGCAAGCUCCAGGUGCUCUGACCGGCCGGGCUCCCGGGGCAGGCGGGGCCUGCGGUGCCCUGCAGGGCGGCGGAGGAGCUGGGCCUCGGGUGCCCCUGGGGGUGGCCGGCACAGGUAGCCGGAGGGGCCUCCCUGUGGGGGUGCCCCAGAGAGUGGAGCUGCGGCCCAGGAGCGCUCCGAAGUGCCCACACUGGAGAAGGUCGUGCGGGGCACGAAGCUGCUGGCAGCCCUCCUAACCUGGGUUCGUGGCCUCGCCCUCUCUGACCUGGUGGGAGGCCCUGGUGGCCUCUGAAGGAAUCCCGUGCUCAGGUACCUGGGCCAGGCCAGGCCCUGGGUGGCUCCGUGGCUGCCCUCUGUCAUCCUCACAGAAUCUCCUCCUCCCGUGAAAUGCCUCAGUCUCCCCACAGGCCCCCUCGGCCCUUACAGGAGAAGCUCAACCCUGUGCAGGCUCACAGGCCCCCCAGUCUGCGCCCCUGGGUCUCCUGGAGACAGGGCGCUCCAGGACACCCUCCUGCACCGCCCCCUCCCCCCGGGCCUGCCUGGAGUUGGCUGCUCAGCCUCCUCAGCUCCCAGGUGGCUCCAGGCCUGGCUGCAUCCCUGGCUGUUCCAUCCCGCCCCCGUCUGGAAGCGCAACCUGCUGCUCUUACUACCUCAGCGAUCCUCAGAACCUCUGGAUGGGUAGCAGCCCCCCGCCCCCCUCCCCCGCCCGACGCAGGGCCAGAGGGCAGCGGUCUACGCCGAAGCCACGGUGCUGCCCGACCAGCCCCAGGCGAGGGCCCUGGGGCGGCCUCACAGAGGCCCGGCUCCCUGGCCCGGAAACCAGCUGGUUUGGCCCUGGACGUGAACAUACCUCUAAUACUAUGAAGUUUUAUUUAUGAAGGGUUUGGAGGGAGACGGCGCCAGGCCCCGGGAGACGGCGGUGCUCUUCCCUUCACUCAUCCCAGUGAAACAGCUCCUCCCUCGGGCCCCGCACCCCGCACAGCCCCUCCAGAGCCGGCCACCCCAGGGCCAAGCAGACCAGCAUCUGCCCCUGCAGAGGCAGGGUGUGUCCGGUGUGGGCCGCCCCUCCCAGGCUCGGGGGUCCUUAGGGGUGGCUGCAGAAGGACGCCGCCUCGUACCUCUGGGCAAAGUCACCUGGGAAAACACGGAGGAACUGACUAUUUUCUCAAUAAAAGGGGACUGGUUUUUUUGUGGUGUGAAA